UCUUUUUAUCAUUUUCUUCUUUUUGUCUACACUGUUUUUCUCUGCCAUGGCAGAAAACAAUACCAUUUCAGUGAAUGUAGGAGUUAUUCUUCAAGACCUGAAUUCAGAGGUGGAAAAGAUUUGGUUAAGUUGCAUUAAAAUGGCCCUCUCAGACUUCUAUGCUUCUCAUCCUUACUACAGCACUAGAUUGGUUUUGAACACCAGAGAGUCCAAAGAAAAUGUUGUAAGUGCAGCAUCUUCAGCUCUAGAUCUGAUAAAGAAUGCAAAUGUUCAAGCAAUCCUAGGACCAGUGACAUCAAUGGAACAGACCUUUGUUAUAAGUCUUGGAGACCAAGCUGAGGUGCCCAUUAUAUCAUUCUCUGCAACAAGCCCUUCCCUUACUUCACUGCGAAGCUCCUACUUUUUUCAAUUUGCGCAAAAUGACUCGGCCCAAGUGAAAGCCUUAACUGCAGUUGUAAAAGGUUUUGGGUGGAGGCAAGUGGUGCUCAUUUACAGAGACAAUGAGUUCGGGGAAGGAGUCAUACCAUAUUUAACUGCUGCCUUGGAGGAGGUUGACGCCCGUGUACCAUACAGGAGCAUCAUUUCCGUAUCAGCCACAGAUAGCCAAAUAGUUGAAGAGCUUUACAAGCUAAUGACGAUGCAAACCAGGGUUUUCAUCGUCCACAUGACAGUUGAUCUGUCAUCCAGGCUAUUUGCCAAGGCAAAAGAGAUUGGAAUGAUGAGUGAAGGCUAUGUUUGGCUCACGACUAGUAACAUACCUAAUACUUUGAAGUCUCUGAAUUCUGCAGCAAUAAAUUCCAUGCAAGGAGUUUUAGGUGUGCAAACUUACAUUCCAACAACUGUAGAGUUUGAAAAAUUCAAGCUCCGGUGGAAACAACAAUUCCGCAGAGAUAAUCCAACCAUCAUUGGUGAGGAGUUGAAUAUCUUUGCAUUUUGGGCUUAUGAUGCUGCAUUUGCAUUGGCCAUGGCCAUUGAAGAAGUUUGGACUACAAGCUUUGGCUUCCAAAAGAGCAAUGAUUCCAUCAAUUCAUCGACAGAUAUUGAAAGUUUUGAGGUCUCUCACUAUGGUCCAAAGCUUCGCCAAGCACUGUCACUUACAAGAUUCGACGGCAUAGCUGGAAAUUUCAACCUUGUUGAUGGGCAACGGCAAUCAUCAACUUUUCAGAUAGUUAACAUAAUUGGUGAUGGUGCUAGAACUGUUGGAUUUUGGACCCUGAAAAGUGGACUCAUGAGAAAACUGGGUUCACCCUCAUCAGCUAACUCAAGCAUAGUUUCGACUUCCAUGGGCGAUCUUGGACCAAUUAUAUGGCCUGGAGAGUCAAUUUCUGUUCCCAAAGGAUGGGUAAACCCAACAAACGGCAAGAAGUUGAGAAUAGGAGUUCCUGUACAGGAAGGUUUCACUGAGUUUGUUUCUGUACUGAUAGAACCAGGCACUAACACAACAGAUGUCACAGGGUUCAGUAUUGAUGUCUUUAGGGCUGCAGUGGACCUAUUACCUUAUGCUCUUUCUUACGAGUUGAUUCCCUUUGCAAAUCCUGAUGGCACAAUGGCUGGCACUUACAAUGAUUUGUGCUAUCAAGUAUAUCUUGGGAAGUUUGAUGCUGUGGUGGGAGAUGUUACCAUUAGAGGAAGUAGAUCAUUGUAUGUAGACUUUACCAUGCCAUACACAGAAUCUGGUGUUGUGAUGGUUGUGCCAGUCAAAGACAUCAGGAGAGAAAGUGCAUGGGUUUUCUUGAAGCCUUUGACAUGGGACCUUUGGUUAACAACCUCUUGCUUCUUUUUCCUCAUUGGUUUCGUGAUUUGGGUUCUUGAACAUCGAAUUAAUGCAGAUUUUCGUGGCCCUCCUUCAUAUCAAGUUGGCACGAGCUUGUGGUUUUCUUUCUCGACCAUGGUGUUUUCACACAGGGAGAGAGUAGUUAGCAACUUGGCCAGAUUUGUGAUGAUUAUAUGGGUUUUUGUUAUGCUAAUACUGACACAAAGUUACACUGCUAGUCUUGCGUCACUAUUAACAGUAAGAAAACUCCACCCUGUUGAUGCUGAUCUAAAGCUUCAGUUAAGGAAUGGGAAUACUGUCGGCUACCAAAAGAAUACUUAUGUUUAUGAUCUUUUAAGAACAGUAGGCUUUGAUGACUCCAAACUUAAGGCAUAUGAAUCAGUUGAAGAAUGUGAUGCUCUUCUUUCGAAAGGCAGUGAAAAUGGUGGUAUUGCAGCUGCCAUUGACGAAACUCCCUUCAUGAAGAUUUUGCUUGCAAAAUAUUGUUCCAAAUAUGCUAUGGUUGGACCAAUUUUUAAAACUGAUGGAUUUGGCUUUGUCUUUCCAAAAGGUUCUCCUCUUCUUCAUGAUUUUUCACAAGCAAUCCUAAACGUGACUGAAGGCGAGGUGAUAUUGAACAUUGAGAACAAAUGGUUCAAUAAAGAAGGUUAUUGUCCAGAUAAUUCCAUCCCAGGGGUUUCUAGCAACAGGCUUGGCCUUGAAACCUUUUGGGGCCUCUUCCUCAUUGCCGGUGCGGCUUCCGUACUCGCCCUCAUCAUCUUUCUAGCUUCUUUCCUUUACAAGCAUAGGCACAUUUUGAUCAACGCUGAACCUGGAGGUUCCACACAAGGAAAAAUUAGAACUCUGUUAGAAAUUUUUAACAAAAAAGAUUUCAGUUCUCAUACACUUAAAACCACUCAACGAGCUAGAGUGGCUGACAUGGGAGACGCAGUGAAUACCAUACUAAACAACUGCUCGGAAAGUCCAUUUGGAAACAGUUCAGACAAUGGAGAUCAACAAAAUAGUACUACUACGCCAUGUAGUUCUACUGGUCAAGAGUCUGCAGAGGUGAGUCCAGCUAUUCAGGUUGAUGUAACAAAUGAUGGGGAAAUGGAAGACACUCCUGAAAGAGCUCAACAUUGCGACAAUUGUUAA